CCGGAGCUUCCGGGACGCUCCGCUGGUGCUUUUCCGGGGCGCUCGCGCGGCCUGCCGUUGUCAUGGCGGCCGAUCCCAAAGGCGGCUACGUGCUGAGCAGCCUCGCCGAGGUGGUGGAGCGGAUCCUCGGCUUCCUGCCCACCAAAGCGCUCCUGCGGGCGGCCUGUGUGUGCCAGCUGUGGCGGGAGUGUUCCCGCAGAAUCCUGCGAACGCAGCAGAGCAUCACCUGGGUCUCUGCCCUGGAACCAGGCCCAUCCAAUACCCAUGUCCUGGUCCACGUGUUAGCUGAAGACAUUGAGAAAGUUCAAGUCCUCCCUCAGACAGUGUUGUAUAUAAUAGCAGACGCAGAGACGGUCAGUGAAAACAGAGAGUUUUGCGUCUAUGGUCUGAAGAAAGCACGGCGAAGAUACAGUAAAGAAAUUGCCGCUGCCCUGGAAAACCUGCUGCCCACGCGAUGCCAGGUGCUUGGACUUGUGACACCUGGGGUUGUAGUUACUCCCCAAGGCUCUGGCAGCCACCGUCCCAUAGAGGUCGAAGAAGGAGAGGCUGGCUUCGCCCUGCUCUUCCCCAAAAUCGAUGGGGUGAAGAUUCAGACCUUCCAUUUUUUUAAAGACCCGAAGAGGCAAACCAUCAAUGAAGAAGAGUUUGCUGAAGCAGGCCUUAAGAACAACCCCGAUCUCAGAGCCGUGCUUCUCUUUGGAUACAACACCUGGAAGUCGGGAUCGACACGGUUUCUCCGCCAAAUUGUCAAUCGCUUGAACGAAAAAAGCAUCAUCUUAGCGGGCGGAUACGUAGAGAGCAUCACAUCCCUGACUUCAGAGAAUCACAACCAGCCUGCCGAGAUGUGUGGUGUGGUGGGCCUGGCUUUCAGUGGUCCCCAGAUCCGGUGCGCCUCCGUCCUGCUGGAUCAAGACGUCACGGACGAAAAGUCGGCCGAAGCAGCCAUGCAGCGCCUCAAGGCGGCCCACCUUCCCGAGCACCACAGCCUGGCCUUCAUGUUUGCCUGUGUGGGCCGGGGGUGCCGGUUUUAUAAAAGCAAGCCCAACCUGGAAGCAGACGCUUUCCGAAAGUACUUCCCGAACGUGCCCCUGUUUGGCUUUUUCGGACACGGGGAGAUCGGGUGCGACCGGAUCGUGACGGGGAAUUUUGUCCUCCGGGAAUGCAACGAGGCCAAGGAUGACCUCCUGCACGGUUACACCACGGUCGUGACGCUUCUGCAUCUCGGUUCAGCUAAAGCCAGUCAAGCUUAAAAUCUCUCUCUCUCUCCCUCUCUCUCUCUCUCUCCCUCCCUCCCUCCCUCCGUCUCUCUCCCUCUCCCUUCCUCCCUCCCUCCCUCUCUUUUUUUUUUUUUUUUUUUUUUUUGCAAUUAUCCAAUUGCAGCUGUCACCAGGCUGCAUUAAUUGUGCGAAACAUGCCGUUCUGGGGACACUUCAAAGUGCCUCCUAAAAACAAAAAAGAAAGCCGUCGUGUGGACUGUAAGUCUCGCCAAUUACGUGAUCUUAAAUUAGGGGAAGAAAAGAAGAUUUUUAUCCUCCAUUUCUGAAACCAAAAGUCUUUCCUUAAUUUACAGUAGAUUUUUAUUUCAUUCCAGUUGUUGCAGAUAAAGGUGGUUAGUAUCACCGGUGGUUUCCUUCUUUUAGUGGAUUACUGAACAAAUCAGCCUCUGGACUAAGCCUGUCUUAAGCUGUGACUAUCUUUUAUUGUUUGUCUCUGGAAAUACAAACCUUCAGGUCUGAACUGAGCUCUUUAAAUCAUCUGUUAAGGUAAGGUGGCAAAGUACCCAUAGAAGCCCAGUCAAAUUUGAAGCCAUGUUUGCAUUGAAUAUUCAUCGUUUUGGUCCAGAGAGCAUUGGGUGGUCUGGAUUCUUGGGCUUAUCUUGAUAAAACUUUGCAAGUUGGGCAAUCUUGUUCACUGGUUAGUUUGCGUUAUAAAUUGUACUAGUUGCCUGCUUAAUAGCUUUGAUUGUAGAAAAAGAUUCCUUGGGGAUUUCUCAGGUCUUAAAUAUAUGAAGGAACCCCAAGAUUUGUCUGAUAUGGUUUGGAUUCUACUGUUGAGGGGUUCUAAAUAUGAAUUUUCGGGACCUGGGGCUGUCUAAAUGGCAACAAUCAUUUAAAGCAUAGACUAAUAUGGUUUUCUUCCUGAGCAGACAUGUGCAAACUGCCCCCCCCCCAACCCACUGCUUUUAUCAAUGUAGGAAAGUUGAAUGGCAGCAGAAUUAUAUGAUUGCAAGAUGUUAACUUGAUAUUCAGCUUUCUCUCUGACAUUAAAGCUACUGGAGAUAUUUAUGAUUUGACUUAAUGCCCUAGGGCUGUACUGGGGAAGUCGGACAAAUGUAAAUAAGGUAACAGAAAAUUAAAGACACGAUUUUUCUCUCAACUGCAAGUUAUAUUCUUUCUGUCUUCCUCCAAAAACAGAGCACCAAGAAGUUUUGUUUUUCCUCACCAAAAUGUGCUUGUUUUUUCCAUGAAAAAUUGAAAACCGCGAUGCAAGAAAAUGCCAUUUUUUUCUCUGUGGAUACAUGCGUCCGUAUGAUGUAUUUUGGGAGUCAUUGCAGACUUGUCUGCUUUUAAUCCUGGAAGAAACACAGUUUGCAGGACUAGCUUUAGAUGACCUACUUAAUCAUGUAGCUGCUCGUGCUGUUUUUGAAUAAAUGAAGGAUGGUAAAUCUGUCUGUUAAAGUUGGCAUUGAGGUGUGCUGGGCACACCAGAGUAAUUUGAUUGCUUAAAAAAAUCUCUUGAAUUGAGACUGAUUCUGGAGAAUUUUGUAGAUGGUCAGUCAGUUUUCUGGGUAAAUUUACUGGGUAAUGUAAAAACAAGUUCAGUUUUGGAAUUGUAAUGCAGAGGUAAGAUUGUGUUAGAAAUAAAUCCAUUUACAGCCAA